CGUGACCACGUCGUGAGAUGACGUAAUCGACUGACCCACUCGACCAAUUGACGUCGCAGACUCCACCGCACUAAACACACUCAAGCGACGACGAAAUUAUAAAUCAAAACACCACACGGCCUCCAAGCAACGUUCCAGGAAGAAGGAGAAGUAGACGCUUGACACAAGAUGUCCAAGGACAAGAGUGGCUUCCCUGUGAUGGGGGAGUGCAACCCACUCCACAACAACGUCUAUGGCCCCCCGCAGCAGGGCUUCACCAUGCCGCCGCCCAACUACAGCCAGGCCCCUGGAGGCCCGUACCCGCCAGCCGCCGGCUACGACCAGCCGGGCUUCCCUCAGACAGGCUUUGGCCCCGCCCCUUACCCUCAGAUGCCCUACCCUCAGAUGCCCUACCCGCAGGGGCCCUACCCACAGGGGCCCUACCAGCAAGGACCCGGGCAGCCGGGCUUCCCCGGGGACCCCUCCGCACCUGCUGGUAGCCCCGGUUACCAUGGCGACGUGCCUCCCACUUACUACGACAAUGAGGACUUUACCAACUCUGGCUUUGAGGACAAAGGCAUCCGACGGGCCUUUAUCAGAAAAGUUUUCCUGGUCCUCACCGUGCAGCUGCUGGUCACCUUCUCCUUCGUGGCUGUGUUCACCUUCGUGGACGACGCCAAGGUGUUUGUACGUCGCAACCCGUGGACGUACUACAUCUCCUACGCGGUCUUCCUGGUGUCCCUAAUCGCGCUCAGCUGCUGCGGGGACUUCCGCCGCAGGCACCCCUGGAACUUGGUUGCGCUGUCCAUUCUGACCCUGAGCAUGUCCUACAUGGUGGGCAUGAUCGCCAGCUUCUAUGACACUGACACCGUCAUCAUGGCUGUGGGCAUCACCGCCGUGGUUUGCUUCACUGUGGUCCUCUUCUCACUACAGAGCAAGUACGACUUCACUUCCUGCCAAGGCGUGCUCUUCGUGUGCCUCAUCGUCCUCCUGCUCUUCGGCAUCCUCUGCAUGUUCAUCCGCCACAAGAUCCUGCACAUCGUCUACGCCUCGCUGGGGGCCCUCUUGUUCACCUGCUUCUUGGCGGUGGACACGCAGCUUCUCCUGGGCAACAAGAAGCUGUCUCUGAGUCCCGAGGAAUACGUCUUCGCCGCCCUCCACCUCUACACGGACAUAGUCAACAUAUUCCUCUACAUCCUGGCUAUUGUGGGACGUUCCCGCGAAUGAGCAAAGCGGGAGCAAGUGGGCUUUAUUCCCUUUUUGGCGGUCUUUUUCCCCCCCCCCUCUUCCUUCCUUCUGUUCUUUCAUUUACUGACCGUUUUUUGCCAGUAGCGCCCUCGUGGUCCCUCUCCGUGUUUAAAACUCCGUGUGCUUCUGCAAACACAAAAUGGUCGCUCGCCGGCGACGUCCCAUCUGGAGACGCGUCCUAUCUCCCGUGCGUGUUUGCCACGUUCGACUGGAAUCAUUCCUCCGAUUGUAACUGCAUGGCAACGGCGGAAACACCACCCGACGCUCGUUUCUUUAAGCAUUAGUCAAUCGCCUUUGCGUGGUAGUCCGGCUCUAAAUAGUUCUACAUAGCACUAUACACGACUUAAUAAUCAUUGGGGGGCGGGGGGAGCUGUAAUGCAGGGCUGGCCGACACUGAAGAAUGCUAUUUUCAUUGUUAAAACCAAACCAUUUGUUCUUGAUAGGUGCAUUAUUUAAAAAAAAA